UAAUGACCUUUUGGUGUGGUUGAGGAUGAGAGGAUAGAGAUGCAUGUCGUGUGUGUCUCAGUGAGCUUGUGUGAAACCACAAAAGAAACGGGUUACGCACUGAACCCUGAGGUACACCAAUGGUAAAAGAGUUUUUGAUUUUCUGAUCUUUGAAGUGAAGUAACCUUUUAGUAAUGUGCAUUGACUUAUAAUCAAUCUAACUUGAAGACUCGGAUGGGGUUGAGUUGACAGUGAUUGAUGUGUGUGUUUGGUGUAUAAUAUGAAUUUGCUGACAUGCAAAUCUCUGAAUUUUAAUGUCUUUUGCAAAGUACAUAAAAUGACAGAGUCUGGGUAAUGCCAUUCACCUCAAUACUUUGAGGAAAAAGGUAUUUUUUUUUAUUGCUUAAUAGAAAUAUUUAACAUAAAGAAACAUUGAUCACUCUGUAAAGCACUGGUGUUUUAAGCAGUAAUUUGAUUUCUUUUUAAAAUGUUUAGUUUUGUUUUCUUAUAGGUUGUUCAUGAUGAAGAAUGUUUUGCUCUUUGCGAACCUGGCGGCACUGUAUGUGGCAUUCUCACAGUCUCGCAUGUUUUACUUUGUUCCUGAGAGUAUGAUCUGGUCUGAUGCACAGAGGUACUGCAGACGGCAUUUCACUGAUCUCGCCACCACUGAUGACCACAUGGAUCUCUCUGAGCUGUUGCGAUCUGUACACAAGGAUUAUAAAGGGCAUGUGUGGAUCGGACUUCAUCGGAAGGACGCAAAAGCUCCCUGGAUCUGGUCCGAUCAGAGCAAAUCCACGUUCAUGCCAUGGGCUCCAGGGCAGCCGAACAAUUAUGGGAGCAACCAGUAUUGCGUUAUAGUGGCUGAUGGUGCUCUUAAUGAUCUGGACUGUCAAAAUAAAUUGCCUUCUGUCUGCUACACUGAGAAGAGGAAACAGACUGUAAGACUGACAGUUAAAUCAAGUCAAAAUGUUAAUGAUCCUUCAGUGAAGGCAGAGAUUCUGCUGAAGAUAGAGCAGAUACUGAAGGAGAAGGGACUCAGAGAAGAUGCAAAACGGUCGUGGAAAAUCCAAUCAGAUGGAAAUGUCUUCCAAAAGAACCGGAAGUGUGACGUCACUCAACAGACUUGCAUUUGAAAAAUGGAAAAGCAGUAAACAGUUUUAUUGAUGUGCUGUGGUGAAUUUGAAGUGUAGUAAGAACUGAAUCUGUGAUUUGACAAUUACCCAUUUUAGCUGAUUAUGUGAAUGUAAUUCUGCGGGAAUUGUUUGAGAUUGAGUUUUACAUUUUUGUGAAAUUAGAGACUGGCCAAUACCGUUUUUUUUUUCUCCAAUCUAUACCAACCAUAUACAUAAAUGAUUAAGUUAUUUAUCUAUUUACAAGUGCAACUGAAAUGUAAAGUCAUUCAUGUGACACUGUGAAGGUGUUUUGUUUACAAGCUUCCACUAUAAUAUGAAGUUGUACAGACCUCUUAAGAUUAUAAUUCUCCUGCUGAAAUGCUGGUAUGUGCUUCUGUAGGAUUCAUAAGUGAUGAUUUCAGUGUCGGUGAAACAAAUCUUGCUUACUUUAAAUUACUCGUUCAUUUCUAUGGGAAAUAAUUGGAAAAUUUCCCAUUUAUUUGGCCAUUUUUAUGAAGAAAAGUUGUGGG